CAGAACAAAACUAUUUUUGGUUGAACAAAAUGUGUGAUCGAAAUUGAUAUAUUUGAUAAUGAAUCUCGAGGAUAAUGUUGCGGCCGACUAUCAGGCCCUAUUGGCCUAUUUUGCAAAUGCACCCAAAGCAGCCAGUCAUAUCGUAUCGCUGACAUUGAAUGAGAGUUCAAGUUCAAUGGCGAGUAACUUUAGUGCAUAUUUCAAUAACACCUCCGCCUCGGGUUCCGGUUCCAGCUCUGGCUCUGGCAUUUAUGACGAGGCGGAUGCGGAGGCGGCGUCGGCGUCGGCGGUGGAUGGGGACCAUGGUGAGGGUGUGGACAUGGCGGCUAACAAUUUCAAUAUGGCCACCAGUGAGCUGGCAGCAACAACUUUCGCACCAACAUCCAGUACAUCAUCGUCAACGACCGCCACGGAAAUGCCAUUCUGGUUGAUACCCAGCUACAGUGUUAUUUUCAUAUUUGCCGUAUUGGGCAAUGUUCUGGUCAUAUCGACAUUGGUGCAAAAUCGUCGUAUGCGUACCAUAACAAAUGUAUUUCUCCUCAAUUUGGCCAUAUCCGAUGUGCUCUUGGGUGUCUUCUGCAUGCCAGUCACUUUGGCUGGCACUCUGAUGCGUCAGUUCAUCUUUGGCGAAUUCCUAUGCAAACUCUUUCAAUUUGCCCAGGCUGCCUCGGUGGCCGUCUCUUCAUGGACAUUGGUUGCCAUAUCAUGUGAACGCUAUUAUGCCAUCUGCCAUCCGUUGCGUUCUCGUUCUUGGCAGACAAUAAGUCACGCCUACAAGAUAAUCGGAUUUAUUUGGCUUGGAGGCAUUUUGUGUAUGACACCGAUAGCCGUAUUCAGUCAAUUGAUACCAACCAGUCGGCCAGGUUAUUGCAAAUGCCGUGAAAUCUGGCCAGAUCAAGGUUAUGAGAGGUUGUAUAAUAUACUAUUGGAUUUUUUGUUAUUGGUAUUACCUUUGCUGGUGCUAUGUGUGGCCUAUAUACUCAUCACGCGCACCCUGUAUGUGGGCAUGGGCAAAGACGCGGUCAGCAGGGUUGUGCAACAGGCAUCUGGCGGUGGAAUGGAUAUGGGAGCAACACCUGGCAGCAGCAACAAUUGCAUCUUGGUACUCACAGCGGCCACAGAUUACAAUGAGGGAAAUAGUACUAACAACAAUAAUGGUGGAGGAGCUAAUACUGCAACAGCAACAACGACUCUAACAACGAUAACCACAGCAACAGCAGGAACAGCGGCAACAACGACAUCGACAACCGCAGCAGCAGCACCAACAACAUCAUCAGCAGCAGCAACAACAACAACAACAACAACAACAACAACUGUGACCCUGGCAAAGACAGCUUCCCCCAGUUUACGUAUGCACGAUGCAGCACUUCGAAGAUCGAACGAGGCCAAAACACUAGAGAGCAAGAAACGUGUUGUCAAGAUGCUAUUCGUGCUGGUGCUUGAGUUUUUCAUUUGCUGGACGCCUCUUUAUGUAAUCAAUACGCUGAGCAUGUUUAUUGGCCAAUCGCUGUACGAAUAUAUCGACUACACAUCGAUUGGCUAUAUGCAGCUGCUGGCUUACUCAUCGAGCUGUUGCAAUCCCAUAACAUAUUGCUUCAUGAAUGCCAGUUUUCGUCGAGCUUUUGUGGAUACAUUCAAGGGUAUACCUUGGCAUCGCAGCAAUGGCGGAGCCACCGGUCUGGCUGGCGGCCAUUCGGCCAGUCAAGUGGUGAUGGGCGGCCAAAUCAAUCAACCCAAUAUAGCCAUAGGCAUGGGUUCGUCGUCAUCAUGGCGGAAUCGAUCCCGUCAUGAGCAGCAACUGCUUAACUCGGUGGUGCAUACAAAUAGUGGUGCAGUCGAUAGCCCUCGGCUGUGAGUGGAUAGGAGAAUGAA